AUGUGUGGAAUUUCAGCACUUAUCUUAGCCGAUGCAAACGGGGCUGCUUGUCCUGAUUUGUUUGAAAGUUUAGGUCUUCUUCAACAUCGAGGCCAAGAUGCCGCUGGUAUCGUUACUUGUGCUGCAAAGGGCCGUUUCUACCAGUGUAAAGGAAACGGUAUGGUCAGAGACGUCUUUAACGAGAAGCAGCUCUCCAACUUGGUGGGUAGUCUGGGUGUGGGUCAUGUUCGUUACCCCACAGCCGGUUCAUCUUCCAUGUCUGAAGCUCAACCUUUCUAUGUCAAUUCACCUUAUGGUAUCACAUUUGCUCAUAACGGCAACUUGACCAAUGCUCGUGAGCUGAGAAACUUCAUGGACAAAGUGGCUCACAGACACAUCAACACGGAUUCCGAUUCCGAGUUAUUAUUGAACAUCUUGGCUGACAAUUUGCAAAAGACUGGAAAAUUCAGAGUCAACGAGGAAGAUAUUUUCACCGCAAUCAAGGAUUUGUAUGGUCAGUGUAAGGGUGCUUAUGCCUGUGUUGCUAUGAUUGCUGGCUUUGGUAUCAUUGGUUUCCGCGAUCCUCAUGGCAUCAGACCUUUGAUCUUGGGCCGUCGUCAAACAGAAGCCGGGUUCGAUUACAUGCUGGCUUCCGAGAGUGUUGUUCUUGAAGCCUUGGGCUUCACUGAUUUCGAAGACGUAAAGGCUGGUGAGGCCGUCAUUAUUACUCGUGAGCAAGUCUCUCGUCGUCGCUUAGUCGUUGAAGAGAACCUUGGUCCCUGUAUCUUUGAAUAUGUCUACUUUGCUCGUCAAGAUAGUAUCAUUGACGGUAUCUCUGUUUACAAGGCUCGUCUCGCUAUGGGUGAAGCUUUGGCAGAUCAAGUGGUCAAGGUGUUGGGUGAUAAUAUGGAUAUUGACGUUGUCAUUCCUGUCCCUGAUACUAGCCGUGCUGCUGCUCUUCAAUGUUCUCGUAAAUUAAACAUUGUUUAUCGUGAAGGCUUCAAUAAGAACAGAUAUGUUGGAAGAACCUUCAUCAUGCCAGGUCAACAAGUGAGACGCAAGAAUGUCAGAAGAAAGUUGAAUGCUAUGGCUCUGGAAUUCCACGGAAAGAAUGUCUUGUUGGUUGAUGACUCCAUCGUCAGAGGUACCACUUCCAAAGAAAUCAUCAUGAUGGCCCGUGAAGCCGGUGCCAAGAAAGUAUACUUUGCAUCUUGUGCUCCCCCUAUUCGAUACCCCAAUGUCUAUGGCAUUGACAUGCCUACUCGUAGUGAACUUGUUGCUUACAACCGUAACGAGGAUGAAAUUGCAGAAGAAAUCGGUGCCGAUAAGGUCAUCUAUGAGGAUUUGCACGAUCUCACUGAAUCCGUUCGUCGUUUCAACCCUUCCAUUGAAACUUUUGAUACAUCUGUCUUUGAUGGCAAAUACGUUACUGGCGAUGUGGAUGAAUCUUAUUUCAGUUAUAUCGAAGGUGAACGUAACGAUGAUGAUAAGACUAUCAAUACAGAUAACGAGAGUAUUGGUUUGCAUAACAGCUUUAGAAAGUAG